AUGACUCAGGAAGCCCACCACUGGAUCUCCAUCCUUUUCUUUGCUGUGUACACCUCUGUGAUUCUGGGCAAUGGUACCCUCCUCUUCCUCAUCAGGGAUGACCACAGUCUCCAUGAGCCCAUGUACUAUUUCCUAGCCAUGCUGGUGGCCACUGACCUUGGGGUGACUAUGACCACAAUGCCCACUGUACUGGGGAUCCUGUGGUUAGAUCACAGGGAGAUUGGAUAUGGGGUCUGCUUCUCUCAAGCCUACUUUAUCCAUUCCCUAGCAAUAGUGGAAUCAGGUGUCUUACUUGCCAUGGCUUAUGAUCGAUUUAUUGCCAUUCGAAAUCUCCUGAGAUACUCAUCUAUCCUCACCAAUGCCAAAGUGGUGAAGAUUGGGGUGGGGUCACUACUAAGAGGCUGUGUGUUUAUAGCUCCCCCAAUAGUGCCCCUCCAUUGGUUUCCUUACUGCCAUUUCCAUGUUCUCUCCCAUGCCUUCUGCCUCCACCAGGAUGUCAUCAAACUGGCCUGUGCAGACAUCACCUUCAAUCGCAUCUACCCAGUAGUUCUGGUUUCAUUUACUGUAUUCCUAGAUUCCUUGAUCAUCCUUUUCUCUUAUAUACUAAUCCUAAAGACAGUCAUGAGCAUUGCCUCAGGAGAGGAGAGGACCAAAGCCCUUAACACGUGUGUCUCCCACAUCUACUGUGUUCUGGUCUUCUAUGUGACAGUGAUUGGCUUGUCUCUCAUCCAUCGUUUUGGAAAGCAUGUGCCACGUGUGGUUCACAUUGCAAUGAGCUACGUCCACUUCCUCUUCCCUCCAUUAAUGAAUCCCCUCAUCUACAGCAUCAAAACCAACCAGAUUCAGCAUGGCAUUCUUCACAUGUUCUCUCCAUGCAAAUCAAAGAUUUAA